AUGUAUAAUUCUGGGCAACCUUCGAGCUCAACGCUGAACGCGAACGACAUGGAUAUUGGAACCGCGGAUCUGAAUAGCAUGGUUGGUGUUACUGCGGACUCCACUGACUCCAACAUGGACGAUAUUGUGCCUAGCAUUCACCUGGCAGAAGGAGAGUUGACAUCGGAGCUGUUCAACGACCUUUUGACCAACAAGGGCGACACCUGGCUUUGAAACAGCGAAUCCAGUAAAGAAAAAAAACCGAGGAAGCGAAAAACACACGCCGUUCUUGUCUCUCUGUCUCUCAAAUAAAAAAAGGAAUGAAGAAAAGAAGGAAAGGAAAGGAAAGAAGCUCCGAAACUGUCUCCAAAUAUUUUUUGCCAAGAUUCUUUUUACUUCUCGCGUCUUCUCAAACAUCUGUUCGUUUUUUCUUUUUUACACUCUUCUCAAAUGUUUUUUUUUCUUUCGUCCAUCACUGAUUCCUCUCUCUCUCUCAAAUGUUGUUUUUCUGCGGAAGAGGAGGAAAAUUGUAAAUAGCAGAUUUUUUUUUUGUGUUUCUUGUGUUGAGUAGCCGCGGUUUUUUGACUAUUCUCCUCAGCGAGACACGACAAUGUGCCAAUAAUUGCUGGGUUUUGUUUGAUUGUUUUUUUUUUUGGAGGGGGAAAAUUUCAAGGAUUGGCGAGUUGUAAAUAGAUCCGUUGUUCAGAAAAUUGUUCCUUCUUCGGUGGAGAAAAUUGUUUUUUUUUUUCGUGGCUUUUCUUUCUGUUUCGAGCAAUUCAAAAAGAAAAAAACAAAAAGAAAACAGAGAUCGGAAGGAAGGGGAAAAAAUCUUUCGCCUUAAUUUUCGGUUCACUUUUUUGAGCAGGUUAUAUAUUUUUUUAGCUUUCUUUCUGGACGGGAUUUUUCUCUCUUCUCGGCGAAAUUGAGAGGAAAACAAAAGAAGAAAAAAAGCAAAGAAGAAGGUUUUUUUUUGUUAUGGUUUUUCAUGAAAAAAAAAGCCUGGGUUUAUUAUUAUUCAAGGAAGAACCCGUUCCCCGGACUUUGCGAAAGUAAAGUGCCUUUUUUUUAUCAGUUGGGGUUUGAACGGGAUUUCUUCCUGAGGUAUCUUCAAAAACAAAACAAAAAAAGCGUUUGACGUUUUUUCUCGGUACCGAUUGAAUUUUUAUUUUAUUUUUUUUCUGCCGGAGUUCCGAGUGCCAUUUUUUUGAGAGAAGGGGAUGUUAUAUUGUUUUUUGCUGAGAGAGAAAAAAAGGCGAAAAACCCUCUUUUUUUAUUUGGUGAAUUUCAUGAAUAUCCCAGCUCUGUUCUUUGUUUUUUUCACAUCAUGACGGGAGAACGAGGAAAUGCAAAUGAUUUAAAGAGAAAUAGA